AGUGCUGCUGACCGGGGUAUUUGGCUCUGGUCAACGCAUCUCGCUGGCAGCGGUGGCCAGGCCUCAGGCGGCCUCCCCGGCGAUUGGGACCGGCCAUGAUGCUGCCGGGACGGCUUCUUCUCGCUGGGCUCCUGCGCUCAGCCUCCACCGCUUCCUCCGCUCCCCGAAUGCCAACGUUUACAAGAAAGAUUAUUUCUUUCAGGCUUGAAGGAAUAUUGGCAGACUUAGGCCUCUAAACAUAUUCGUUGCUUUGACAUGUAUUGGUUAUCAGAGAAGUGGAAAACUGGAAAUCCAUGCCCACUUGCUACAAGAACACAGCUACCAGAAAAGUGGAAUCCAUACUCACAUGCUGCUCUAACAUCCCGCAGUCAAACAUAAGUUUGGUUGUGUUUACAAUGCAUUUCAACUGCCCAUUCAAAUUUAAUCCACAUAAUAUGUGCUAUUGGGACAGAUUUACUUGGAGUUCAUGUUAUUUUCACUGCACAAGUGAUCAUUCUUCCAGAAAAGCAGGGCUAACAGCUAAGGAGCAGCUAGACCCCUUUGUGCUGAUUAAAGAUGAAGUCUCUGAAGUGACAGAUCGAUUGCGCUCAAUGGUGGUUGCUGAGGUGCCUGAACUGACAUCAGCAGCUGGAUACUUCUUCAGAGCUGGAGCUGAAGGGAAAAGAACUUGUCCUACUGUUCUACUAUUGAUGGCUUCAGCUAUAAGCAUGGACAUAGCUGAUGGCUUAGAGAAUAAGCCUCGAGCAAGGCAUAUGCAUCUUGCUGAGAUAACUGAAAUGAUUCAUAUAUGGAGCCUUAUUCAUGAUGACGUUUUGGACGAUGCUGAUACUAGGCGUGGCAUGGACUCAUUGAACUUCAAAGUCGGGAAGAAAGUUGCAGUAUUGGCUGGCGAUUUCCUACUUUUCAGGGCAUUUUCUGCAGCUGUGUCUCUUGACAAUACUGAGGUUGUAUCAUUACUAGCAACUGCUGUAAAUAAUCUUGUUACUGGUGAGCUUAUGCAGAUGUCAAUAACUCCAGCACAGCGCUGCAGCAUGGACUAUUAUUUGCAGAAGACAUACUACAAGACAGCUGCAUUGAUUUCAAACAGCUGCAAAGCUAUUGCUGUCCUUGCUGAGCAAACAACAGAAGUACAAGCUCUUGCCUAUCAGUAUGGCAGACACUUGGGCAUAGCAUAUCAGUUGAUCGAUGACAUCCUCGAUUUCACAGGCACAUCAGCUUCACUAGGCAAAGCCUCCUUGUCUGAUAUCCAUCAAGGAAUUGUGACAGCUCCCAUACUUUUUGCGAUGGAAGAAUUCCCUGAACUGCAUGAGAUUGUUGAACAGGGAUUUGAUGACCCUUUAAAUGUUAAGACGGCCCUCAAAUACCUUUCAAAAAGUCAGGGAAUCAAGAGGACGAGGUCUCUUGCUGCUGAACAUGCAAAACUGGCAGCGGGUGCUAUCGAUGAUCUUCCUGAUAGUGAGGAUCAAGUUGUGCUUAACUCGAGGCAAGCGCUCAAAGAUCUUGCUCAAAAGUUCAUGAGAAGAACAAAGUGAAUUGGUGAAGCAGAAAAUGUAGUAUUGGUUAAACAUGCCAGCAGGCAGUAGAAUCCAUAAUGAUGCAUCAUUUCUUUUAAAAAUGUAACAAUGCAUCAUGCAUGUUUUUGUUGCUGAACAGUUUAUUAUUGGUGACUGAUGAGAACUUCAGCAGGUUUGGAACAAGAGCUUUACCUCUGUUUUCCCUCCAUUUAUACCAUUCAUCUAUUUCUGCA